AUGUGCAUCAAAAUUCUUGAUAUCGAAACAUCCGAUGGAACAGAAAUCGCUCAAUUGAUGACAUGGAUUGAUGUGAACACUAUAACCUCUCUCCGAAUCCAUACUAAUCAGCUCAUGCUCUCUAACGAGGACGUGGAGGAAUUUAUCGAGACACCACAUUGGCAGAGAAUACGGAACUUCCAACUCGUCGAUUGUUUGGAUCUUCCACAUAACAUAUUGAACAACCUCGGAAACAAGUUAUAUUGA